UCCAUUUGCAUCCAAAUGAUGAUGGCUAUUCGACAUUCGCGAUUGCAUGCUAUCCAUUCCUCCUGGCUUGACGAUCGGAAACAACUCUACAGCCACGACGCUCGUCACUGCCCGCGGACUGCGCUCGUCGGUCGUUGCGUUGCGAAGAUAGAGCGGACUUCGGUGCUCGCGCGAGUCGCACUGGCGAUCGACGACGAUCUCCUUUAACGAUUUCCGCAACGAUUUCCGCAGCGGGAGGCAGGGACACCCGCAGGCAAACGCUUUCUCGUAGCGCUGGACUCUAGCAAACGGCAUAGAAUGUCACGCGAUGCUGCCGUCCCAUUAUCUCAGUCGUCUGCGCAAGAAGCCAAGAGCUCGCAAGUCGGUGUAAAUGAAAGCGCACACGAAGCGCUUGCUGAGGCUGCAUCGACGCAACUCGACUUGCACACCUUGGUCAAGCAUGAAGCUCCCUCCCAGCAGCUCUUGCGCUUAUCGAUAACUCGAGUGACCCAUGCCGUGCCCCCACCCCAUCAUGUCGUAGUGCCAACACCCCCUCCAUCGCAAUCUUGGACUGGAUGGUUAUCCGGUUGGUCAGGUCGACCCACUCCAGCCCCAGCCUCAGGAGCCGCCCUGGAGUCUUCGCACGGACCGGUGCCACAGUAUCAUAGCCGAGUCAGCACUUCAAGUUUGACCAAAGAGCCCUCUAAGAACGACCAAAAUGCUGCUGCUGCGAACGCAACCUCUCCGAAAAAGGAGGCUCCUCGCACCAUAGGCUUCCGGAAUCCCUGGCCUUCGUGGCACAAACCGACGCUACCGGAGCUCUGGGCAGGUCUGGACUGGGGCAGUCCAAGUCAAUCGGAGACUAGGGAAUCAUCUUCAAGCACUAGUCUGCAAGGUGGAAGAGGGGCAAGUGGCGGAGGAGAGCUGCCCGAGUCUCACACGGCUGACCACGUGCCCUUACGAGUGGUGCAGCCAACCUUCGCCCAACCGGCCGCUGAGACGGGCAUUGCAGCUCCAAGCGACGCAAAGCAGAGCAAACAGCGCGUUGGGGCUACCUGGCUCGGCCAUGCCGGGGUUCUGCUGCAGAUGCCAAGCUUGAGCAAAAGGGAGGAACUUAGCGAGGGAGCGACAGCACGCGUCGAGCAGGAUUCUGUCAGAUUGCUCUUUGAUCCGAUUUUCUCUGAGAGGUGUUCUCCCACGCAGUACUUUGGCCCCGCUCGAGCUUAUGCGUCUCCCUGUGAAGUCAAAGACCUCCCUAGUAUAGACGCGGUGCUGAUUUCUCAUUCUCACUACGAUCAUCUCGACUUGGCGACCAUCACUGAGCUGUGGCAUCACAACAAGAGACGCAUGAGAUUCUUCGUGCCCCUCGGUCUUAAAGAGUGGUUUGUUGGCACGGCUUCGAAGGACGGAGGCGAUCAACAUGCUGGAGCUCUGGGCAUCCCGCCUGAUCGCAUAGAAGAGCUGGAUUGGUGGGACUCCAUCACCCUCACAGCUGGACCCAGCUCAAAUACUUCUUUUAGAACAGAUGACUCGAGCGUGAACGAGAAUCACGUCAAGAUUACUUGUACGCCGGCCCAACACGGGUCGGGCAGGUAUGGGCUGGACGCGGGGACCAGCUUGUGGGCGAGCUGGUUCGUUGAGCACGCGCAGCACGACGAGUCAGUGCAGGCCAAGCGAGGCUCUGGCGAUGCGGAGGGGCACCAAUCCUACAAAGUGUUCUUUGGAGGUGAUACAGGAUUGCAAUUUCAUGGCGCGGAGGGCCCAAAAGAAAGCUUCUUGAGGCGCAAACGCGCUGUCAAAGCGCGCAGAAGAGAUCAAACGGCGGUUGGUGGAGCGCAGAAGAUGUCUGAAGCGGUACUGCAAGAGCUCGAAACUGAGCCUCUGUCGGAGGCGUCCGCCAGUUCAUCAAGCCCGUCUUUGUCAGCAUCCACACUCGACACGAACGGAGCAUCACCAACAGAAGUGCAGUAUCCUCCUUGUCCGACAUUCACCGAGAUUGCUCUGCGGCUGGGCUCUCCCGAUCUACUCUUUCUGCCAAUCAGCGUAGGCGCCACGCUUUCCUUCCUCAAGUCGUACGAUCCAUUAGCUUCCUGGACGUCACCCAAAGCAUCUUCGACUCGUGGUGACGAUUCUCAGACAGAGGCACAAGGCUGGAGCUUGUUUCCCAACAUCAGUCCAGGGCUCACGAGCGCAAAUCACAUGGGCCCCUGGGAUGCUUGUAGAGUGCUCAAGAGGAUGCAACAUCCAAAUGUGCCGGACGCAGAAUUCCUUGAUGGCGACGUUCAUGCGCACGGGUACAGCUGCAUCGAUGCCAACAGCUCUGGACAUAGCGCUGCUGCAAACUCGGCUAGGCGAGCAGCUCCGCUGGCAAUGGCCAUCCACUGGGGCACUUUCGUUUCGGGCGAGGCAGAGGCUCACUCUACAAUGCAAGAUCUGAAGGAAGCCUGCUCAGAGCAAAGCAUCGUCUUUUCAAGGAAUGCCGACGGCGCCGCGCUGCCGGCGUCAAGCUUCGCCCAGGAUGCAACGUCUAAUGGCAGGUCUGCGGCACCGGAAUUUACCGUCGUCGAUCACGGCCACACUGUGUGGCUUGACAGAUGAACCACUACGCUUGUUGUUUUUCGUUUGUACGAUAGUAUUCUCUGCUGCUCUUCGCAAUAUACCCUA